UGUGCCUAAAUUGAUGCUUCCGUGCAGCACAUACGUACAACAAGUGCUCAGUUCGGCUUUACAGGAGCAACAUAGCAACCACGUAAUAGAACUUAAAAGCCAAUAAAAUCUAACCAAGUAUGGGCAAAAAGCAACACCAGAAAGAUCGUCUUUUCUUAACGACGAAGGAAUGGAAAGAGGAGUGGGGCGGCUUCAAGGGCGGCAAGGCGGCGGCGCCCUUCAAACGCCUGCCCUUCCACUGCUGCGCCAUCACCUUCACGCCCUUCGAGGAUCCCGCCUGUACGGACGACGGUACGGUGUACGACAUUACCUCCAUCGUGCCGUACAUCAUGAAGUACAAGCGCCACCCCGUGAGCGGCGAGCCGCUGCAGCUCAAAGACAUCACGCGACUCAACUUUGCUAAGAACGCGGAUGGAGAGUUCCAAUGCCCUGUCAUGGGAAAGGUGUUCACCGAGCACACCCACAUCGUGGCCGUCAAGCCCAGUGGCAACGUGUACUGCUGGGAGGCGGUGGAGGAGCUGUGCGUGAAGCCGCGCAACUGGCGCGACCUGUUGACGGACGCGCCCUUCACGCGGCGGGACAUCAUACACAUACAGGACCCGCUCAACCUGUCGGGCAGGACCAUUGACCAGUUCGACCAUGUCAAGCGCCAACUCUCCCUGGACGAGGAGGACGAGGAGGGCGGGGCUGCCGGCGCCAGCAGCCUGCGCAAUACCACCGAGGACAUGAAGCGCGCCCUCGCCGCCCUCAACUCGCAGGAAGCCAAGCACGCCUUUGCGAGUGGGGGCGGCGGCAAGCGGGCGGAGGCGGCGAGGCUGCUAGCGGAAGCCAAACUCAAAGCAGCUGGGGGUGCUGGGGGCGGUGCAGGGAGUCAAGCUGGGGGUGCGGGUGCGGGUGCGGGUGCUGCUGCUGCGGAGAGGCAAGGAGCGGCGCCUUCCUCCUCAGGGCAGGCAGGGGCAGGAGCAGGGACAGGCGCAGAUGGAGGAGGAGGAGGUGGUGGGGACUGGCGGCUGCGUGCGCCGGAUCGCAGCCAGGAGCUGCCCACCUUCAAGCCGGGUGCUGUCACCUGGGACACAGACGACCACAUUGCUCCCUCCGCCGCAACCGCCGCUGGGGGAGCAAACAACCCCAAUAAGACCAACAAGGGUAAACAACAGCAGCAGGGAGGAGCAGCAGGCAAACAACAACCCGCAGCCGCACCCGCCUCCUCCGACGCCAACGGCGGCAAACCCAGUCCCUCCCAAUGGUACGAAGCUGCCGGGCACGUGAAGUACAUCGAGUCCGCCUCCACCACCGGCGCCGCCUCGCGCUCCUUCACCUCCACCGCCUGGCAGCCCACCACCCGCAACGAGCGGUCCCGCACCCGGCUGCUGCGCACCCCCUCCAAGAAGGGCUACGUGCGGCUGCACACCAGCCUGGGCGACCUGAACCUGGAGCUGCAUGCCGACCUGGCGCCGCGCACCUGCGAGAACUUCCUGGCGCUGUGCGACAUGGGGUACUAUGACGGCACGGUGUUUCACCGCUGCAUCAAGAACUUCAUGAUACAGGGCGGCGACCCCACCGGCACCGGCACUGGCGGCGAGUCCAUAUACGGCCCCACCUUCCGCGACGAGCUGGACUCGCGGCUGGUGCACGCGGGGCGGGGGGUGCUGAGCAUGGCCAACAGCGGGCCCAACACCAACGGCAGCCAGUUCUUCAUAACCUUCAAGAGCUGCCGCCACCUGGACUUCAAGCACAGUGUGUUCGGGCGGGUGGUGGGCGGACAGGAGGUGCUGAGUGCCAUGGAGCGGCUGCCGGUGGAUGACGAGGACAGACCCACGCAGCCAGUCAGCAUCACAGGCGCCACCGUCUUCACCAACCCAUUCUACGAGCUGGAGGAGGAGGAGGCGCGGGCGGAGGCGGCCGCCAAGAGGCAGGCGGAGAAGGAGGCGGCGGCGGCAUCGGACCCGCUAACACACAAGAUCGGCACCUGGUACACCAAGCCAUCCGCCGGGGCGGGAGACGGUACCACGAGGAACGGAGGAGGGGGCGGAGGGGGCUCAGCGGCAUUACCUCCACAGCAGUCGGGGCGCAGCGGCGUGGGUAAAUACAUUAGUCCAGCGCUGCUGCCCUCUCGACCCGCGCAACAGCCGGUGGCAGCAGCGCCAGCAGCAGCAGCAGCGCCAGCACAGGAGCAGGGGGCGGGG